AUGGAUUCUACAGAUGGUAAAAACAUAGGAUUUGUUAAAAGACAGGAAUUGAUUAGUGAAAGUAAGGAAAUAGAAAUGAUUGGUCAUCUUCACGGUGACAUUUUUAACCAAGAUAAAUUUUUAAUUAAUGGUGUUGAAAUGAGUGUUAAAUUGGUUCGAUCAAGAGAGAGUUUUAAUUUAAUUGUUGGGUCAAACGAUGUAAAGUUUAAAGUUUGCAUUACAGACGCAACUCUUAUUGUUCGACGAGCACGAAUUAAUCCAAGUGUAUUACUCGCACAUCAAAAAGUUUUAGCUUCUAUCACUGCUAAAUAUCCUAUUACUCGAGCUGAAGUAAAAGUUUUAACAAUUCCUUCGGGUGUUCAAGGAAAAACUCUUGAUAAUAUAUUUUUAGGACAGGUACCGAAAAGAUGUAUAAUUGGAUUUGUGAACAAUUCUGCAUUUAAUGGUUCCCUUACUAAAAAUCCAUUUAACUUUGAAAACUAUGGUAUUAAUUCUUUCAGCUUAUAUAUUGAUGGUCAACAAAUACCUUCAAAAGCUUUGCAACCAUCUUUUAAUAAUAGCAUAUUUACAUCAGCAUAUCAUACUCUAUUCUCGGGAACUGGUAUUCACUUUCUUAAUGAAGGAAAUGGAAUCUCUUGUGAACAGUAUGGCAAAGGUUACUGUCUAUUAGCAUUUGACUUAACUCCUGAUUUAUCAGCUAACUCAUCAACUCAUUGGAAUCUCAUAAAGCAUGGUAGUGUAAGAAUAGAAGUACGAUUUGAAUCCUCAUUAAUACAAACAAUUAACUGUAUAGUUUAUGCUGAGUUUGAUAAUAUUAUUGAGAUAGAUAAAAACAGAAAUGUUACUGUAGACUAUAGUAGUUAA